ACGACAAACAGGCUAGUUUGAAAUCUUUCUAGGUCAUGUUUCCAGUCUUCGUGCUUGCCUUGUUUAUUGUAUUCACAAAAGAAUCGAUUUCACAGCAAAGCACUGUAACUUGCGGCUCAGUGCUCAAACUAGUGAAUACUGAUUUCAAUGUACGACUUCACUCACACGAGGUUCAGUAUGGUAGUGGGAGUGGGCAGCAGUCUGUUACCGCUGUAUCUGACGAAAUGGAUACUAACAGCUACUGGCAGGUUGUUGAACGUAAUGGUAGCCCUCAGUGUAAUCGAGGUAGAGUUAUAAAAUGUGGACAGAAAAUCAGACUCAUGCAUCUAUCAACUCGAAAAUAUCUUCACAGUCACCAUUUUCAGUCUCCUCUUUCGCCUAAUUAUGAAGUCUCUGCAUUCGGUGAGAAUGGAGUAGGCGAUGAAGGCGAUGAUUGGCAAGUUAUUUGCGAUGGUGCCUAUUGGAAACAAUCGUCAAACAUUCGUUUAAAGCAUAUUUCUACGGACGGAUACCUUCAUCUAUCAGGUAAACGAUAUAGUAGACCUAUAUCUGGACAAUAUGAAGUUUCUUCAACUCCAAAAUUAACUAAUGCCAUUACUUGGACAGCUACAGAAGGUGUAUAUAUUGAUCCAGUAGAAUCUAUAAAUAAAUCAACCGGUUCAACAUAUAGUCAUGAUGAAUUCUAAUAUAUUUUUUUUCUGUUUGAUCAUGUUCAUUUCCUGUAAAAGCUAAUUAAGUUGUUAAAAAUAUAAACUUAUGAAUGGAAUUCAACUUUAUGAUUUGAAUAUUAUGAUGUUCAAUACUUUGAAAUCUUAAGAUCUAUCAUCCAAGUUCACAUGAGGAUAUUGAUGUAAUAAACCAUUGAAAGGUGACUCCUAGCUAUUCCCGGUUUUCAGUAAUUUCUAUACUGAUAUCAGUUCAUUUCAAAAAGUCUCUUCGGUGAGAUUAUGAUUUAUGGACGACCUUUGAGCGACGUUGAAGUGACAUUGAGAAUGGUCACUUAAUAACCAGAACCAAAGGAUGGUUAUAAACCAGUGGGUGAGGAAUUAGAAUUAUGAUUUACAGUUGAUGAUUAGGGUUAGAAAUUAGAUUAAGGGUUUUCAUCAUGAACUGACAUCAACUAUAAUUCCAAAACCUUACUUGGCCAGAUGGAUGAGUGAAUUUUGCGCCAAAAUCCGAGACCUGUUAUCUUAUACGUGAUUGGUUCAUCCAUAAAUUAUAGUCUUGUCGUCUCUUCAAUUUGUAUGGUAAUUAUCAAAAAGAAAGGCCAGUAACAAGAUCUCGUCUAUGUUUAUAUGUAGUUUAUUCAAUCUAAAUGAAUAAUGUCCAUUUUCUCUUUACAUUAAUAUUAUUAUUACUAUUUAAACAUAUAAACAUAAGUACAAGAAGGCACCAGAUACAUAUGCGCCAUGUAAAUCACUCGAUUUGUGUGUGGGCUGUGAUAAUACCCGGGUGCUGAGAUCGAAGCAGGUGGUUUUCUUAGGGGGCCAUUCCCUGAGCCUUCAACCUAAAGGUCUAAUCCACAAAGUAGUGGAGCAACGUCAGGAGAUGAAGUCUCAUAGUAGCCGGUGGCCAAAAAUAGGUUCAUACGCCAUUUGUUCCUUCAGGAUCCUAGAUCCUAUGUGCACUAUUGGUUUGGAAUGAGGGUUUUCAAACUCCCCUAGGUGGAUCCUCCGUGUCCAGUGUUCUCUAAUUGGCGGUAUCAUUACGUUAUAUGUUAAUAAGGGCACAAGUCAUAGUAUCAUUCAGUCAAUUUGAUUUGUUAUUAUAAUUCUUCUAUACUAUGUAUAUAUUCUAAAAUAAUAUUUACUGUUUCUACAUUUCUUUUGUUUUCCUUUUCUCUCUUCAGAAGGUCUUUCGUUAACCUCUGUGAAUAUUAACCGAUUUGUACAUUUCAGUGUUACUAUGAUUCUUUAACUUUCAAUUAAUGUGUUUAUUAAUAUUUUUAUGUGAGAUGCACAAUCCAAAUCUAUCUACAUCAAUAUCUUUGUUUAUAAAUAAUAUCCUGGUUUAACUGUAUUAACAAAGUCA